GAUCUUUACCAAACUGUACCUUCAGUCGGUCAGUAAAGAUGGAGACAGGCGGAGCGUAUGGGGGUGGAAAGGCGGGUGCUCCGUUUGAUCCUAUACAAUUUGUACAGAGACCGCAAGUUAUUUUGAGAGCAGCAUGUUUGCUGUUCGCAAUAAUUGUAUUUGGAUGUAUUUCGUCUCAAGGCUACAGGUUUGAUCGUGAAACUAAGAAAGAUGUUUGCCUAUAUAAUGAAGAUACCAAUGCCUGCAACUAUGGUGUUGGAAUUGGAGUUAUAGCAUUUCUUGCUUCAAUCGGUUUUCUUGUCGGAGAAUUCAUGUUUGAGCAAAUGUCUUCAGUCAAGACUCGAAAGCACUAUGUGCUUGCUGAUUUGGGAUUUUCAGGUUUAUGGACAUUUUUGUAUUUUGUCGGCUUCUGUUACUUAACAAAUCAGUGGAGCCAGUCAAGCACGCCGAAAGGAGGAAUUGGAGUCAAUGACGUUCAAGCUGCCAUUGCCUUCUCCUUCUUUUCUAUUUUUACUUGGGCAGGCUGUGCGUGGUUUGCUUACCAGCGAUUCCGCCAGGGAAGUGAUGCUGCAUUCAAUCCCAGUUAUGAAGCUGAUCCAGGCUCUGUUCCUGGAGGUGCUCCAUAUUCCUCAUAUCCUGUCAGUCAGGAUGUUGAUGGGGCUUACCAGGAUCCACCAUUUUCAGCUAAUCAGACAAGGGUUCAAAGUGUAGAAGCUCUGUAA